UUCUACAGCCACAUCACACAUAGAUUCAGAGAUGAGCCAAGCUAGAAGGGACCUUUGCUCAUAUCUAGAGACCACUUCUCUAUUUUAUAGAGGAAGAACACAAGUCACCUGAUGGGAAAGGGAUUUGUAUAAGCUCAUGCAGCAUGUCUGAGCUAGAGGAAGAGCUGGGACUUGAACCCAGGCCUCUGGACUCCUCCUUCAGUGCUCUUUCCACUCCUCUAGGCUGUGUGCAUAUUUGUGGUAUCAAAUAUUUGUGUGUUUACAUAGAGAGAAAGUGACUACUAAUCUCCUCCAUCUGCAUAAUCUUUCUGCAAGAAGGAGCAGAUAGAUCUCCCGCUGCAAGAGACAGGAGGUGUUAUCUGUUGCUUCACCCUGCUCUACUCAACUGAGCUAGAUUAUUAUCUUCUGAGCAGCGUGCCUCACCCUGUUGGAAAUGAUGACACGUCUGUGACUGACCUCCAGUGACAGGAAGCUUCCGUGUGGGCCUGGGGGGUGGGAAGAGAGCAGUUUCCACCAGGACCUUGCUGAAAUACAGGCUGGGAUCAGACCUUGCUCAUGGGCCUGGGGAUGCGUCCCAACCACCCGGCGUGAGGCCUCUGCCGUGGUGACUGGCACCGAAGGUGACCAGGCGAUAUCUCUGAUACCCAGGACAAAGGUCCCCAGGACGGUCCUGCGGGUGGCGCUACGAGGAGACGAGGAGCCCUUGGUGGUUCCUCCCAGCUCUCUUCCUGCUGCCCCCAAAAGAGACUGAGCCCCACCCACGAGCCACCGCGGCCUGCAAACAGCUCACCAUGCUGACAGAAGACAUGAAGCUCUGGCACGGCUUAGCGAUCGCUGUGGUGUCCCUCAUCCUCCAGGCCUGCCUCCUCACAGUCAUCAGCUACCUGCUCUGCAGGCACAUGGCCAACAAGAGUGAGCAGAUACUGAAAGAAGCCAGGCCCCAGGCCUCCAGGUCCAGCCCUGCUCAGGGCCCCGCCACUGCUGCCAUGGAGAUGAAGGAGACUCGGGCAGAGUCCUGCUACAGGCAUGACAGCGACACAUCCUCAGAUAACUCUGACAGCUCAGUCAGCUCUGGAAGCUCGUGCCCCACCCGCCAGGCCGCCAAGGAUACAAAUUACACAAAGGUGGUCUUUCCAGUCCCCAGAGGCCGAAAAAAUGAGUCUGCCCUGGACUAUGAGAAUGUAAAGGAAGCCACAGAUUACGUCAAUGUCGACCCAAAAUGCCACAAGCCCAAUUCCUGGACUUCUGUGAAGUCUGCUGUCUCUGAGCCAGUGGAAUACACUCAAGUAGCCUUGUGAGUUCUAGGUUUUUUUAAUAGGGUGUAGUUUUCUAUGACAUCUUGUAAUUUUUGUGUAGGGGAAUUACCUUUUUUUUUUUCAAACAAGAUAUAGGAGAAAAAAUAGGCUUGUAUCUCAGAAAGACUCAGAUCAGACUUAAGAAGAGCUUCUAGGCUAAGCAUGAAAACCUUGCUGCACGUUGGUAGAGAAAGCGGUGAAGUGUUUCCAUAGAAUAUUUUGACAAAGACUUUAAUUAGCUGUAGUUGAGUUCUGCUUGGCAGUCUUAGGAUAAAUGGCUCUUCAAGCUCUUUAAUCAUCGGCACUAAACAACUUCCUUAAAAGUGUUAAACGAAAUGGCAGCCACCAGUUCCUCUUUUCCUCUUGCUGGGCCCUGCACGCAGUCCCCUUCUCAGUGCUGUAUCUUGCCGUGGAAUCCUGCUCUGCCCUCAGGACUUUGAAUAGUUCACAUAGGAUGCACACCGUCAUUCAACCUUUGAGUCUGCUGUUUCUUAUGGACGCAAGAUGACAAAGUCCUGGUAAACUCCAACCAGCAUCACGAUCUGUUAUUCCAAGGAAAAUUUUCCCAGAUUCAAUCCAAAAAAAUGUAAUAUCCAUUCCUGAUUUGUUGUUUGUUUUUUGUUUGCUUAACCAAUUAGGAAUAAAAGGACACUUUCU